AAGCUUCAAAUGAAUUAUUGCAUUCUGAUACCUCUAAUACUUCUGAUGAAGAUUCAAGCGAUACAGAGAAUUGUAAUUCUUUAACAUCUAAUUCACAAACUCAAAAAACUACCAACCAAAUUCACCCACCUGUAAGGUGUAAAUACUGUCCUAAAAAAUAUAAACGUGAACUUGCUACUCGUAUGCAAAAGCAUACUAAUAUCUGUAUAAAUGCACCCGAAUCAGCUAAAACAAUUAAAACCAAAGCUAAUUUUCAGCAAAUAAAUCUUGUUAAUAAUCCGGAAUUAAAAACUAGACAAAAUGUUAUGGAUAAUUAUAUAUCUAUUGAUAGAAUGGAUCGUAAUAAAUUGUUAGAUCUAGAAUAUAAAUUUGCUAAAGCUAUGGAAUUUUUUCAUGCUCUUCGACCAUCAUUCCGAAUUCCUAAUUAUGCUAAAUUAUCUGGAGAGCUUUUAAAUAAAGUUUAUGAAGAUGUUAAAAAAGAA